CGAUGUGUCUAAGCUCUCUCUUUCCAUCAUCUUCUCAACUUCUUCUGUUCAUCCUCCACUUCCUCGCGUUAUCUUCUUUGCCCCCUUCCUUUUCCGAAACCUCCUACCAUCAGUACAUCGAUUGCACUCCUACUCCGUACACCUGCGGAGCCAUCAGGUUCAAUAUGGCCUUCCCUUUCCGCAUAGCUGAACGGCGCGACUACUGUGGUUACCCGGGGUUUGACCUCGCCUGUACCAAUUCCACUCUAAUGAUCCACGUUAACAACAAAGGAUACCAAGUGAAGAAUAUCGACUACAUGAACCACCUCCUCACCAUUGUCGACGCAGAUUUCGUCCAACAGUCAUGUCCCCAACCGCAUGAGAGUACAAUCAUCAAUCUUGAUCUCUUCGAGUACACAGACGCUGACGGGAACCUGACCUUGUACAACAACUGCACCUCCUUUCCCUCAACUUCAACACUUCAUGGCGUUGACUGCUCCUCUAAUACAAGCAACCGGCACUCAUACUACAAGCUCGGUAAUGAUAGCACUUCAGAUCUGUCGACGGAGUGCAGCUCAACUGCAGUCAUACCGAUAGAUGUGAAGGCGGCGGACGGGCUGGUGAAUGGUGACCUGAGCUUUAGGGAAGCAGUGCAGGAGGGGUUCUCGCUGAAAUGGACUGUGGGAAGCGGGUGGUGUAGCGGAUGCACCGACUCCGGUGGGAUCUGUGGUUACAGCGACAACUCCCCAGAUGAACACACCUGCUUCUGCUCCGAUGACAAGAUGCUUGACUCGUGUUCUUCAUCCGAUAGAGAGGUCGACAUAUCCACCACAGAGCUGAUCCUACUAGGUUCAAUCGCAAUGAUCACAGCAGGUCUACUUUUCUCUUGCUAUUUUUUCCUUUUCUCCCUCCAUCGACACAGAAAUCUGAUCAUCUUUUGGAGGAGUAAAUCAAACAGUGCACAAAAUAUUGAAGCUCUUAUGGAAAGUUAUGGUUCCCUUGCCCCGAAAAGAUACAAAUAUACAGAUCUGAAGAAGAUGACGAACUCUUUCCGUGACAAACUUGGCCAAGGAGGUUAUGGCAUUGUGUACAAAGGUAGCCUGCAAGGUGGUCGUUUGGUGGCUGUGAAGUUCUUAAGAAACUCUAGAGGCGAUGGAGAAGAAUUUGUGAAUGAAGUUGUCAGCAUUGGUAGGACCUCCCAUGUUAACAUUGUUAGUCUAAUUGGCUUUUGCUUGGAGGGGUCAAAAAGGGCUCUCAUUUAUGACUAUAUGCCCAAUGGAUCACUGGAGAAGUACAUCUAUUCAGAGAAACCAAAAACUACUCUUGGUUGGGAAAAGUUGUAUGAAAUAGCAAUUGGCAUUGCUCGAGGGCUAGAAUAUUUGCAUCGUGGGUGCAACACACGCAUAGUACACUUUGACAUCAAACCCCACAAUAUCCUUUUAGAUCAAGAAUUUUGUCCUAAAAUCGCAGAUUUUGGGUUAGCCAAAUUAUGCCCUCCAAAGGAUAGUAUCCUUUCAGUGACAUGUGCUCGAGGAACCAUAGCGUUUAUUGCCCCAGAAGUCUUCUCUAGGAAUUUUGGAGUUGUUUCUACUAAAUCAGAUGUCUAUAGCUAUGGAAUGAUGGUUUUAGAAAUGGUUGGAGGAAGAAAGAAUGUAAAAGCAAGUGUAGAGAAUACUAGUGAAAUUUAUUUUCCACAUUGGAUUUAUGAUCAUUUGGAUCACGUUGGAGAUUUACAGGCUUUUGAAUUGACAACAGAAUCAGAAGAAUUUGCAAGAAAGAUGAUCUUAGUUGGUUUGUGGUGCAUACAGAUGAUGCCUGGGAAUCGACCUCCAAUGAGCAGGGUAGUUGAUAUGCUGGAAGGAAGCAUCAAUGACUUGCAAACACCUCCAAAGCCGUACAUAUGUUCUCCUUCGCAUUCAUUCAGAGCUGCACCUAAUCCUACUACUUACUACUCAGAUCCAUCGCAGAUUGACUUGGAUUGGCAUUUGGGUUGGGGUUGCUUCAAACAUAAUAAUACAGGAGAUUCCACGUUCCUUUGCAACGAUCAAUAUUGCCAUGGUAGAUCUACAAAACCUUAUGUGUUUGCCAAAUUUCGUAGUGUUUUUAAGCAUCUGAAUUCUGUACUAACAUCUGGUUGUGAUGCUUUAUUUGACACUGCAGGAAAUAACGAUGCGAAGAGUAAGAUUCCAUUGGAUACUGACCUUGCUUGUGAUGCUUUAUUAGAUCCUGCAGGAAAAAGCAAUGCGAGGAGGAAGAUUGCAAUAGGUUCAAUAUCGGCAAUGAUCACAGCAGGUCUCCUUUUCUCUUGCUAUUUUUUCCUUCUCGCCCCACACCGAUGCAGAAAUCUUCUCAAGUUGGUCAUCUUUUGGAGGAGUAAAUCAAACAAUGCACAAAAUAUUGAAGAAUUUUUAGGAAAUUAUGGCUCCCUUGCCCCGAAAAGAUUCAAGUAUUCAGAUCUGAAGAAGAUAACGAACUCUUUCCAUGACAAAAUUGGCGAAGGAGGUUACGGCAUUGUGUACAAAGGUAGCCUGCAAGGUGGUCGUUUGGUGGCUGUGAAGUUCUUAAGGAACUCCAGAGGCGAUGGAGAGGAAUUUGUGAAUGAAGUUGUCAGCAUUGGUAGGACCUCCCAUGUUAACGUUGUGAGUCUAAUUGGCUUUUGCUUGGAGGGGUCUAAAAGGGCUCUCAUUUAUGACUAUAUGCCCAAUGGAUCACUGGAGAAGUACAUCUAUUCAGAGAAACCAAGAACUACUCUUGGUUGGGAAAAGUUGUAUGAAAUAGCAAUUGGCAUUGCCCGAGGGCUAGAAUAUUUACAUCGCGGGAGCAACACACGCAUAGUACACUUUGACAUCAAACCCCACAAUAUCCUUUUAGAUCAAGACUUUUGUCCUAAAAUCGCAGAUUUUGGGUUAGCUAAAUUAUGCCCUCCAAAGGAUAGUAUCCUUUCAGUGACAUGUGCUAGAGGAACCAUAGGGUUUAUUGCCCCAGAAGUCUUCUCUAGGAAUUUUGGAGUUGUUUCCACUAAAUCAGAUGUCUAUAGCUAUGGAAUGAUGGUUUUAGAAAUGGUUGGGGGAAGAAAGAAUGUAAAAGUAAGUGUAGAGAAUACUAGUGAAAUUUAUUUUCCGCAUUGGAUUUAUGAUCAUUUGGAUCAAAUUGGAGAUUUACAGGCUUUAGAAUUGACAACAGAAUCAGAAGAAUUUGCAAAAAAGAUGAUCUUAGUUGGUUUGUGGUGCACACAGACGAUGCCAAGGAAUAGACCUUCAAUGAGCAGGGUAGUUGAUAUGUUGGAAGGGAGCAUCAAUGACCUGCAAAUGCCUCCAAAGCCGUACAUGUGUUCUCCUUCGCAUUCAUUCAGAACUGCAUCUAAUCCUACUAGUUAAGAUGAUUUGACAAAUGCUUUUAUCUGCUUGUGCAAUGCUAGGGACAGUAUAUUAUUAGACUUGGUGCUGUAUAUAAGACAAAGUCAAAAACGUAUUGAGUCAUCCAGUGGUUUUGUUACUUCAAAGCUGUGGAUUGGAGAAUGUCAAGCUUAGUACUAUGUCAUUAAUUUUACCGCUUAUUAAUUUUACCUCUUAUUAUUAUGUCUUAUAAAGCUGUGUAUUAGUUUUACCUCUUAUUAAUUGCAUCAGUACCUGAUGGUUCUAUGUCACAAUGAGUUAGUGACACGAUUUGUACAGGCUGUUGGGUGUAAUAUCCUAUGUUAUGUCAUAUUUUUGUA